UUCCACUUUAUUUGCUUAUUUAAAACUCCGCAAUUUAUUUUAAAUGUGUUGUGGGCUUAAUAGGUGUCCUGUGCCUGCUAGCUUCCUAAUAUUGGUGUUUGUGUGGUCAAUACCCACAGUGUGUGAGAGUGUAAUGUGCUUGGUGCGUCAGCACUUGUGAAGUAAUGUUCAUCAAAGCCGGGCCGGGAUCGGCCGAACCGGAGCGCCGUGGAUCAGUCUCCAACUGGUUCUCUUCUUUGAGACGUGGUGGUGGGCGACGUAAGCGCGAGGAAACCGCCGUGCCCUCAAAUUACGGGUCACUGGGGAGGCGGAAGGACGGUUCACACCCUCGUGGCAAGACUCGCUCGGCCUGGGACCUUACAACCGUCACUAGACUGCAACUCAAAGAUGAGCUCGGUGAAGUGGUCGCGGAGCUGGAGGCUCUGGAUGGGCAGGAGGAGUGUAAGCAAAACAGUAAAGCCAAGCAGAUGAGCAUAGGAAGGAAGAAAUUCAAUAUGGACCCGAAGAAAGGAAUCGAGUACCUCUACGAGAACGGAUUACUGCAGAGGACACCUGAAGAUGUAGCGCAAUUUCUUCACAAAGGUGAAGGUCUAAGUAAGACGGCGAUAGGUGACUACCUCGGUGAACGUUCAGAAUUUAAUGAGGCGGUUCUCAAAGCAUUCGUUGAAUUACACGACUUUACGGAUCUAAUACUAGUUCAGGCACUCAGACAAUUCUUGUGGAGUUUCCGUCUACCGGGCGAGGCUCAGAAGAUCGAUCGAAUGAUGGAGUGUUUCGCUCAAAGAUAUUGCCAACUAAACCCGGAUAUCUUUACGAACGCGGACACAUGUUAUGUACUAAGUUUCGCGAUAAUAAUGUUGAACACUUCACUACAUAAUCCCAGUGUUAAGGACAAGCCGCUGCCUGAACAGUUUGUGGCCAUGAACAGGGGGAUUAACAAUGGUGGGGAUCUACCGCAGGAGUUACUCUUAUCGCUGUACGAGUCAAUAAAAACGGAGCCGUUCAAAAUACCGGAGGACGACGGCAACGAUCUCAUGCAUACUUUCUUCAAUCCAGACAAAGAGGGAUGGCUGUGGAAACAGGGAGGAAGAUACAAGUCGUGGAAGAGACGGUGGUUUAUAUUGAACGAUAACUGCCUGUACUACUUCGAAUACACGACGGACAAAGAGCCCAGGGGUAUCAUUCCAUUAGAGAAUAUUUCUGUAAGGCCGGCCAGCGACAGACAGCGGCCUCAUUGUUUAGAGCUUUACGCGAGCGGUGGGGCUGAUCUCAUAAAGGCGUGCAAGACUGACUCCGAGGGGAAAGUCGUCGAAGGCAAACACACUGUUUACAGAAUGUCGGCAGCUACUGCGGAGGAGCGAGACGAGUGGAUCGAGUGUCUCCGUCGCUCCAUCAGUCACAAUCCGUUCUACGACAUGUUGGCGCAGCGCAAGAAGAAGGCCCAGCACAACGUACACUCGGCGCACUAGGCCCGCUACUGUACCAGUACCGAGUGUACCUACCGAGUGAAUCUUACAAUAUCUUCCUUUGUCAAUUGGUAUUGUGAUGCGCCAGGGUGACCCACGUACCACCCUGCAGUAACACGACGAGUGUUGGGAUGUUCGCGAUGUAACAGAUUACACGAGUAAUUAACAUAAGUGCAAUUCAACUCCAUCAAACCACCUCAGCAAACGAGCCUUAAUUUUAAAAUGUGGUUUAUACACCUUCAACCCAAUAAAAGUUAACUGUAAGUGAUCUUUUUUAGGGGUAUAGCCUAUAUUAACGAAGUCGUGUUUCUUUAACUCCUAACAUUGACAGUUAUCAUAAUUUAUUGUAGAGAAUAUAGUAGAAUUUUAUAAAUACGGUGUACCUAAAGAGUUAUAGAAUGAAGUAAUAUGCGUAACGAGUGAUAUGUAAUGCGUCUGAUAAUAAUAUAACGUCUAUAUCAACAUUAAUGGCGAAAUAAGUUUAAUUUUAUCGUGUUAUUUUGUGUCAACGUCAUAAGUGAGCUUAACCCCGUGGUAACGUCCGUCAAGAGUCCGCUAAUGACUUGACAAUAGCCAUUAGUCAUAACUCCAAUGAAUAUGUGAUAUUUAGCCAUGAUAACGUCGUACGGAAUGUAUUGUGUUGUACAUAUCAGAACACAAUAACUACGCAUCAUUUCAUGGCUGCUGGUCCAUGUAUAUAAACGAAGGAAAGACUGAAAAUUGUGCUUUUUAAACAUCGCCUAUUCGAAAGUGGAAAUUGUAGUCGCGUGCGUAAUCAUUUACAGAUUGUCAACGUAGUUGUAAUUUAAUUUAUAUCACACGUCCGCACCUAACAAAGUAAAUCGCACAUCGACUAUACAUGCAAUAGAACGAAGCAGGGCGUGACUUGAUCGUUACUGUCUUAGAAUACAACUUGGUGGAAAUUACUGUUAGUCACUGCUGUGAGAUUAGUUGGUUUUUAUGGUGAGAGAGAACUGCCAAAUUAUAAUAAUUUGUUAAAACAAUAAAUAUGGGUUAUAACAUUUUCUAAUGUUAUACAAGUUGUUUUCUCGUCGUUUUGCAGGACAAUAAGUUCGUUUUGUGAGAUUAGCAAAAUGUUUUGUUGAUCCUUAGCGUAAUAACACAGUGGUGGAAUUGUAUUCAAUGAAAGUAUUACUUUAUUAUUAUUGUAUUGUAACAUAUUAUGUGGAGAAAGUGUAAAGUAAUACAUGUAUAAAUAGAUAAUUAGCCUAACUAAGUGUAUGAUGGCCAUUUUUCUCGGGAAUGUAAAUAUGGCUUGAUGACAGAAGGUAGAAAAGGCAGGGCAGCCAAUUUUUGAAAGACUAGUUAAUGGUAAAGAGAAGUUAAUCUCAAUGAGGAUCGGUUUUAUUUAUGUUUUAGUCGAUAAAUGGAAUAGUGGUUAUGGUUGGCGUCAUCAUUCUCAUCAUCAUUUCCGCCCAUGAACAUAGAUAUAAACUGUAGGUAAUUUUGUAGGACUCGCCUUUAAAGUGGCCUAACAACAUAAUCAGUGUCAUCAACAUUGUGAUUCGAUUAGUAUUUCAGAAGUUGGAUGUUAUCAAUAGUAUAAUUUUACGUUAGAUGACAAAAUUUUAGUUUACAUUCCUGUUUUUUAAAUCAUUUCGAACAAAUGUAGAUGCGUCUUAUGCUUCAAUUAUGUUUUUAAUAAUCUUAUGAACUUUUCUUUCUAAUUCAAUUCUUUAUGGUCUGUAAAUAAUUUCAAAUAACAUGUAAUUCAAUUUCAUUUAAUUCUAAUUAAAAUUUCCUAUCUUUAAAAUGAAACGUGGAUGGAUUGUAGUGUGAAGGAUUAUUUAGAAAAAUCUCUUCUUUGGCAACACAUAAAUAUUUAUGUAUUAUUUUUAAACUAAAACGGCCAUACUCAUAUCGCCUUAAUUUUUAUAUAAUUUGAAUUAUAUCUAUGUGAAUAAGGCUUUAAUAGACAUUUUUAGAAAAAUAAUAUUUAUCCAUAAAUACUAGGAACAUUACAGAUUAAUAUGGCUGUUUUAAAUGACAUAAUUAUUCACUAUUAUUGUUAUAAAAAUAUGAUUUAUGAAGAAUAUUUUUAUUAUUAUAUUAUUUGAUUUGUAUUAAUGAUAUUAGGGAAGGUAUAAAUUCUGUUUUGUAAUUAUUGUUUAUGGAAUGGUGCCUAUAAUGAUCUGCAACUAGUUUAGCUUCUAGUAGUAUUAGAGUACCUACGUAUAGUGCGCUGUAUAUUCGCUUAAGAAACGUUAAUUUAUCAAUGUAAUGUUUUAUAUGACAGCGGAUAUGUGCAUAAUAAUGGUGUUGUAAAUAAUUUUGUAAGAAAAAUGGAUAUACAUAAAAUAUGUUUAUUUACUACUUGGAUUUUAUUUUAACCUGAUGUCUAGUU